AUGGUAGAUAUAGCUAAGAAAAAUAAAACGGAAAAUUCUAACAUAAAUGACGAUGUAGCUACCACAACCGAUGACAAUAAGAAGAUUAUCAUUUUGAAAAAUGAUGUUAUUCAAAAACCUCAUUGUGGCUUGGUUAUCGAGCAAGUUGUUAACAAUCAAGAUCAAGACGAAUACCAGUCUAUUGAUCAACAACCAAUGGAACUUGUAAGAGACUUUGUUAGCGAGGAAGUUGUUAGCAAUCAAGAUCAAGACCAAUACCAGUCUAUUGAUCAACAAACAAUGAAAAUUGAACCACAUUGUUCCUCUGUGAACCAGCAAGUUGUUACCGAUCAAGAUCAAGGAAAACUUCAAUAUAUUGAUCAACAAAAUAUGGAAAUUGACGUAGGGGACAACAAAAGCGACAUAACCGAUCCUUUUGCUACUGAUUCAGAUAAUUCUUACAGAACAGAAAGUGACAAUGAAACCAGCGAGUCAGAGAGAGAAACACAAAAAAGGAAAAAAAAGUCAAGAAAAAGAGUCAGAAAUGAGUUAGGGUGGCAAGUAUCUAAAAGGAAGGUUGAAAGAGCAAAUGGCCAAGAAUAUAAAACAAAAAAGAAUAAAAUUGUCCAGGCAAAAAUCUUGAAAGAACCAUGUAGAUGCAAGAAAAAGUGCUAUGAAAAAUUUAGCCAUGAGGAAAGGAUAAGUAUUUUUAAAGACUUUUAUUCUUUGACAUAUAAUGAACAAACUCAGAUUUUGUCAAGUUCAGUUAGGGAAUUUAAAAAGCGUCGAUGCACUAAACUUGAAGAAGACAGCAGAAGAUCAUUUAGUCAUACCUAUCUACUGAACAAAGGAGGAUUACCUAUAGAAGUUUGUAAGGUGAUGUUUAUGAAUACUCUGGAUGUAAGUUUUAAAAGAGUAAGAUAUACGAUUGAGAAGUGUAGGCUUUCUAUAAGCGGAAUAUGUGGACCAGACCAAAGAGGGAAGCAUGGCAACCACCAUAAAAUAUCAGAUGAAGAUAAAAGUUUUGUAAUCCAACAUAUCUCUAAAUUUCCAGCUUAUAAGAGUCAUUAUUCUCGAUUGCAUUCAGAGAAACGAUACUUAUCUCCCGAUUUAAGCAUUCAACAAAUGUAUAGGCUUUAUAUCGAAUAUUGUAAAGAAGCAGAAAAAACUCCGGUGUCUGACCACUAUUACCGAAGUAUUUUUGUGUCCAAUUUCAACCUUUCGUUUCAUCCACCCCAUAACGAUACCUGCAGCAAGUGCGAUAAGUUAAACAUCUUAAUAAAAUCUUCCGCUGAUGAAGGACAGAAAAUAGACUACGAACGAGAAAAAAAAGAACAUUUAGAUGCAGCAGAGAAGGCGUACAAUGCAAAAAGGAUUGACAAAGAAAAAAGUAAACAACAUGAAACUAUAGUAACGGCAAUGUUCGACUUACAAAAAUGUUUACCGACUCCCCACCUAAAAAGUGGAAUUGCCUUUUAUAAAAGGCAGUUGUGGGUUUUCAACCUAACAAUAUACGAGGUUACAAAAUCCAACGGAAAUAGAUCUUUUUGUUUCAUGUGGGACGAAACCACUUCAAACCGUGGAGGACAGGAAAUUGCAUCCUGUCUCCUUAAGUACAUAAGAAACUUGCCCCCAGAGGCAACCUGUCUAAAUUUACCACCAAACCACAUGCUAAAAGAAGUCCACCACAAAUUCCUAAUCUCCGGUCAUACUCACUUGGAAGCAGACUCGAUUCAUGCUUCAAUAGAAAAAGCUAAAAAGCACACAACAAUGGAUAUAGAAAUACCCAGAGACUGGUCCACUCUGGUUCGCAGCAUUCAGCGAAAAGGAGGAAUUAAAGUCAUUGACAUGUCUCAGGAUGAUUUUUACAAUAUAAGCGCUCUUCAGAAAGCGUAUUUUGUGAAUAGAAAGAAAAACGCGGACGGAGAGCAAAUGUCUUUUUUGAAAGCAAACUAUUUCCUCUACACGAAGGAAAACCCUGGAAAAAUUUUCUACAAGGAAGGCUUAUUGGCAAAAGAAGAUUUCAAAGUCUGGGAUAUAACAAAGAAGAAAAAAGGACAGCCAGAUGAGACACAACUCGUUUUGGAAAGGCUACAUAAUUCGUACCCGUUGCCUCUUCCAAAAAAAAAAUUGGACGACAUUAAUACGUUAAUACAAUAUAUACACCCAAAUUGUCGGCUUUUUUAUGCUAAUCUCAAAUCAGAAGAAACAGCUGCCGAUGAAGAUGUAUGUCCGACAGCUAUUUUACAAUAUGAUGAAUAA